AAUUAUAUUUUUUUCUUUGUUUCAGGCGAUCCGACGGUGAAAACGCAGAGUGUCGCGGUGCCACGUACUUUUCUUAAAAUUCAGUUUAUUCUUUAAUUAAACGUUUAAUUAUUUAUAUGAUAUACUUGUUCAGCAUAUUUUCUUGAGUGCUUAAAACACGGUAAAAGUGCCUCGAGUGAUCUGUUUUAAAAAUCUGUGCGUACAAAACGCCAGCGCAUCGCAACGUCGGAUCAUUCUUUAGGAUCAUCCCGAACUCUGGCCGACGGGAGAUGUCCCGAAAGUGCAAGUUGCAGCAAGACAGCAACUUCCGACCGCCCGAUAUAUACAGAUAGCGCAUACAAUUGUAAAGAGUCAUGCGGAAGAUUUAGAUCAAAAUUAAAAUCGAAAUGCGAAGAAUGUAGAUUAAAAAGUGAAAAAUUUUUAAAUGAAAACAAUGAUGACGAGGAGUCAAAGAAUUUUAGAAAGAGAAUAACAGAUAAAUCCUAUGGGUUAUCGAUCGAUGAUCGGUUAACAGUAAAUCAUGUUGGAAGAUUUAAAAGGACGAAGAACUUCUUAAAGAGAGUGUUCAGGGAAAAUAUAGGUAAGAAAUGCGAUAGAUUGCUGAGGAUUAUUAAAGAAGAUCAAUCGUUGCUAAAGAAAAAUACCCAGUGGAAUCUAGGUUUGAGGAAAGAUGUUCACGAAGAUUCUUUAUCAUUGAGGGACAAUAUUCUAGAGAAAGUAUUAUUGGACAAUACAAAUGAUCAGCAGAAUUUAAUAUUAGAAAGGGAAGAAGAUAUAGAAAGAAAUUUAAAGGAAGAUAUUAAAGAAACUCCAUUAUUUCUACUGAAAAAUAUUCAAAGAAAAGCUAACGAAAAUUGUCAGAAUCCAGUACUAGUGAAGGACAUACAGGAAAGUUCACUGCUGAAAAAAGAUAUUGAGGACAGCUCAUUAUUGAUGAAAAAGAACAUUAAAAAAGAAAAAUUAUUAGAAGAAGAAAAACUGUUAGUCACACAUGAUCAGAAAAAUACAACGAUCUUAUUAGUGAAAAAAAAUGAUCACAAUUGUUCUUUAUUGAAGGAAGAAGGGUUUAAUAAAAACAUUAAUAAAAGUCUUCUGUUGCCAAAGAAAAAUGCGGAAGAAUGUUUGUUGACGAAGACAGGUCUUCAGAAACAACUGAUACAAAAAAGUGUUGGUAAAGAUAUAUCGUCAUCAAAGAAUAUCCAGAAGAAUAUAUCUAAUGAGAUCUCCCAAUUAACAACAAAAAAUAUUGGAGAAACUGAUUUAUUCUUAAAGGAGUACGUUCAAGAAAGAUCGUCGUUGACAAGAAGUAAUACUAAAAAGGGUGCACAUUUAAUAAAUAAAAAUGUGGAUGACAAUUUGCUAUUAACAAAAAAGAAUAUUUUAAUUGAUCCACUAAUGCAAUUGACGAAAAAAGACGUUCAAAAAAACAUAAAAUUGUCGAAGAGUGUUUUUGAAGAAAACGUAUUUUUAGUACAAAAAGAUUCUCAGAAAACUUCGCAACUAACAGUCGAAAGUUCUUUAUUAUUGCAGAGAAAAGACAUUUUUAAUGAUCCGCAAUUACAGUUAGCAGAAAGAACCAUUCAAGAUGACGAUUUAUUGACGAAGAAUCUUAUUUCUUUAUCCGAUAAAGAGAAAGACAUUUCUGUAAUUUCACAAUCACAUUUAUUAAUAGACAGGGACAUUUUAGAAAAUUUUUUGUUGACAAAGGAUCUUUAUUCUCCCGCUAGGAAAGUCAAUUUUCCAGCUAAGCCAGGUUCUUCUUUGUCUGAAGAAGAAAAAGAUAUUCCUGAAGAAAAUGUAUUGUCGCAAUUAACAAAAAAUAUUGACCAAAAUAGUUUUUCUUUGUCAAAAAAACCUUCUUGCUUUCUAAGUGAAAAAGAUAUUUCUUUAAAAGAAAAGAAAGAAGAGCUAUUGCAACCUACAAGAAAGACUAUCCAGAACAAUCCUUUAUUGAAAAAAGAACUGUAUUUAAAUAUUGUUGAUGAUCAAGCUGUAUCCAUAUCUUCAAGACUUAAACAAGUUAGGAGCGAUUCAAAACAUCUCUCUUAUCAAUCAUCUAUCGUUCAUAGACGCUGUUCUUUGAAGGACACUCAGCAAGUUCUUGGAUCUGGGAAGAAAGUACGAAAAGGAAGCAAUAGUGUUUGCAAAGUCAAGCGAUCGCCUCCGCCGGAGGAAGACUGGCCGGAUCAAAAGUCAACGGGAUCCGAUAACAGCGGGUCAGCCGAUAAAUACGAUUCGGUCGUAAAAUGUAAAUUUACCGUUUCAAAUCGCUGUGCAAAACAUCAGUCGAUCGCGAAACCACUUGAAGAGCAUAUCAAGAUCAUUAAGAUUUCUUCUUAUCCUGAACAACUAAUAGACAUCUCUGAAAAAGUUUUACCAACUGACUCCAUCGCGGGGUUCACUGAAAGUGUGUCAGAAUAUUCGAAUUUUGAAAAAGAUUCUAAGAAAAAUCCGAAGAAUCUAGUAAUUAUAGAAAAAGACUUCGAUAAAAACUUGAAAUGUCAAAUCAUCGAAGUGCAGGAGUCAAAAAAAACAUUAAAGGAACCAAUUAUUAAGAUAAAAGAUUCUGAAGAAAUCUUGAAAAAUCAAGUUACAAAAAGAGACAUUGAUAACUUGAAAAUAAUUGAUAAUCUUGAAGCUCCAUAUUAUCAAAGAUUAAUUCAGAGAAUAUCCCAAAACUCCUUUGACCUUAUAAAUCAUCAAUUUCAUAAUUCUAUUGAUCUACAAUUGCCAUUAACAGUACAUUUUAAAGAAAAUUCUAAGAAAAAAAACAUUUUAAACAAUCCAUUUAAUGAAAUAGACGAUUCAGUUACAAAAAUAAAAACUUCCGAAAAAAUUUUAAAGAAUUCAUCUGUGAAAAUAUGUACUAAUAACUCUACAUCGAAAAUAAUCGAUAAUCUUGGAGCUUUAAAUAACCAACGAUUGAUCCAGAAAUCAUUCGUUCUUAUACAUCAUCAAUCAGAUAAUUCACAGUUGCCAUCAAUUGAGCGAAAGUUAUUGGACAGUGAGAAGAGACAUAGAACAAUCAGCAAGAGACCUUAUAAAAAUCCCAAAAUGAGACUAAACGUCAGACUUAUUCGUAUUCGCGAUAAGUUAGUGUUAUGUUUAAGUGCGCUAGCCAUUGUGUUCACAUUGCUGCUGGUGAUGGAUUUGCAGAUGGACUUGGGCUACAGUGGUCAUCAUUUGAAUCCCAGCCAUGCUCGAGUCCGAAUCGGCGAUCCGCCGGACUCCGAUACCGUUUAUAAUAAUUUCCGUAGGAAGUUUCUUCAACGAGGCAACGGCAGUCGUGAACAGGCUAAUAGCAACGUAACGCCCACCAUUGAAAAAUCUAGGAAAAGCGAAGUAACGCCAUUGUCAUCGACGAUGAGAAAGCACGACGAUUUCACGGAUUUGAUGGACUUGGUAAUAAACGGGUAUGCGGUAAACGUUGACGAAGGAGUAGCAAGAAUUAGCGGGGAGGACCGAGAAUAUAAUCCAACGAUCGGAGAAUUGAGAAAGAUGACAUUGAAGUGAGUAACAAAAUUAAUAAAAUUUAAUAUUUCUAUAGAAUAUCAUA